GCCUGUUCUGCAGACUGAUUGUUCCUUCCCCUCUGCAAACUCCUUAAUACCUUAUCACCCACCGCAACUCAGCCUCCCUUGGCGAGCCUCGAGGUCACCCGCGACAGAACCUUCCCCCCCCCCUCCCACGGCCGCACUCCCAGAAUAAGGUUUAGCGCCCUGUUUAUCGCGUCCGUUCCCCUCGUUAUAUAAGACACGAGGGCCUCCCCACCCACCCACCUGCUGCGGGCUCAGAGAACAGUCAAAAACUCUGAAAAAGCUUAUUUAGCCCACAUUCCGUGUCAGAACAUUCACCACCUGCAAGCCACCUCGAGUCUCCCGAGAGCUCACUUGCACACACCGAACACGGAUACGAACGCACACUUCUUCUUCACGACCGCCUCGCUCAUCGACCCGACGUCCACCAGCCACCGCAAUGGUCCAAAAAACAACCUUUGUGCAAAAACUGCACCGCAUCCUCGAAGACGAGUCACACGCAAACCUCAUACGUUGGUCGCCCUGCGGCACUUCGUUCCUCGUUAUCGAUUGUCCCGGAUUUGCCCAGAAGGUUCUUCCAAGAGUAUUCAAGCAUAACAAUUAUACAAGCUUUGUACGGCAAUUGAACCUUUAUGGGUUUCACAAGAAGAAUAGGAGCUAUCAUAGGCAGCAUCCGAGCUUGACUGCUGCGGGAUUGAUUCCCACUGGAGAGCAGGAACCCAGGGAGUUUUCGCACCCGAAAUUCAUUCGUUUCCGGCCGGACCUUGUUGAAGAGAUUCGCCGGAAACCGAGUACACUCGCCCAGCAUCAGAUGGUGCAGUUGAGGGAGCUGCAGCGCUCACAAAGGGAACGACUUGAGGCCGAAGCCGCGCUCAGGGAACGGAACGAUGACACCACCGCGGGGGCUCCUGCCACUGUUCCUGAACGUGAUAAGAUGAGCCGAUCGCCGUCCUCGUCGUCAUCGCUGAUGACAGUCGAUCACGAGCAACACCAUCGCCCGCCGUCCAUGUCCGUCGCCAACCUCGCCCACAACCACCAACAACAGUUACCGACACGGCGCACGUCGUCGGCGUCGGGCAUGGAGUUUGAGUAUACCCGCCCGGCUUCGCAUGUGUCAUCUCCCAACAUGCAGCCAACGCAACACGACCGUCGUCGACACCACCACGGCGAUGCUGAGCGCGCCUCCCCAACUCAUUCAACACACACCCUCCAUCAACAGCAACAAGACCACCCCCGCUCCCCAUUCCCAUCCUGCAAAGCCCUUAUCGCCGAAACAACCUCCCACCCACCUCGUCCCACCCACUCCCGCCCGCAUCCCGCGCCGCCCGCACCACAACCCUUCUUCCCUCCCCCAACACAACUCCAUUCCCCAUCCAUCUCCCCACCCACGGCCCCUCACACCGCUUCGUCAGACCUCCUUCGCCAUCUCGCAUCCCUGGAAGCAACAGUCCGAACCCUAGUCCACGACAUCCGCGACGCCAAGCGCACCGGGGAGAAACUCCGCACUGACGUCGAAUACCUCCUGAAUCGUGAACGCGAAUCAAGAGUCCACACAUCAUCCUCUGAAUAUCCCUAUCGCGACCCCGUGGACACCCAUCCACGUCGCCUCUCCUCGACGUCGCACCACAAGAACAACACCACAAUGUCCCCACCACCAACAGCCUCUUCCACCUCUUCUUCCACCUACCCUCCCGUCUCACAGGCUGCAUCGAAGAUCCGCCUCCCGCCACCCGCGGUCCUUGUUGAUACCCCCCGGCAGCGAGCCCUCUAUCUUUUUCUGAUGUAUAAACUUUUAUUCUUCGGUUAUGUUUGCGUUCAAUGAACCCUUUUUGAGAGACAAAAAUGAAGGAAAUGCCUUUCGCAGAUUUUCCCAAAGUAGCGAGAGGUAGCGAGAGGUUGCAUGGGACAAAAACUAUGGAGGUUUGGAAAAAAACAGGAAAAAGAUGGUUGGAAUGCUCCCUUCGCGGAUCGAAC